UGCUUGCUUGCUACACAUAGGCAUGACGCCUCCAUCGCGGCGUGAGGGCGCCAUGGCUGCCGCCACUUGCGCUGGGGCCACAAACGCCGCUGCCGAUGGGUCAUCAUCAUCAUCAUCAGCAGCAGCAGCCGCGAGAGCAACAUCGGGCAGUCUGGCGGUACCUGGCGGCUCAGCGCCUGGGCCGCAUCGCGUAUCAGUGUGCGCCCACCAAAGACAGCGCCGUAGCGGGUGGGUCCGUGUGCUGCGCUUCGGCUUCGCUGCACUUCUAGAUGGCUGCGGCCUCCUGGUCCUUACCUCCACCCUCCUAGUAUUGCAAGUACCCACCGCUGCCGGUGCCGCAUCGGUCGAUUCCAACAAAGUCAUAGACGACCCCGCUUUGCCGGCGGCGGCGAGCGCCGUCUCCUCCGCCUCCUCCGCUGCCAACCGAACGAUCCCUCCGUCAUCAAGGCUACAUGGGCCACUCGGGCAACAGCAGCUGCAUGAGGUCUUCAGGGCAGCGGCUCCACGGGACAGCAUUGCUGUUGCUUCUGGUGCUGCCGGUGCUGAUGCGGUGCCGACGCCGGCUAACGUCCGGGGCUAUUGGUUUUACCAGCGGGCUGCCGCUGCUGCUGAUCGACACCUGGGGCUCCAAAGUGACCACCAGGGACAAAUCUGUACGGGGCACCGUGUGCAGCUGCAGGUUAUGGCUCACCUCGUGACGGUGCCGCAUCAUGGGAGCAAUUGUGUCGCCGGUGGAUUCGGAGGUUACAUUUUAGUGAAGGGAAGUCCGUCUGGCGGCAGCUGGGACGGCAGGGCGUACCAGGACUUCACCGCGGAAGCCAACGUGAAGCUGCGAGGAAGCAGCUCCGUGAUGAACAGCAAAAAGAGUUACAAUAUAAAAUUCCGGACUGCGGGUUCGAACGGGGGAACUGCCAAACUUAUGGUACCCGUACUUGGCAUGCCGGGCAAUAACGAGUGGGCGCUGUACGGGCCCGAGACUGACAAAACCCUGGGGAUGCGCAAUAUGCUGGCGUACGACAUUUUUCGCCGCAUGGGGCGCUGGGCGCCCCGCACCCGGUACUGCGAGGUUUUCCUGAUGGAUGACGGUUCGGGCUCCGUGCGGCCCUCCCACUACCAGGGGCUGUUUGUGGUUACGGAGCGUGUCACGGUGGGGCCGGAGCGGGUCAACGUGAGGAAGAUGGACCCCGAUCAGGACCUGUCAGGUGGUUACGUGCUCGGGUUCGAGAACGACAACAUCGACCUCACCGACCUCACCUUCCGCCCCGCCACCUCGCUGCUGAAUAUCGUCAUGCACGAGCCCACGUUCGAGGACCAGGGCCUUACUGUGGGUUUCCCCAACGGCCCGUACGGUCCGACAACGGCUGCGGUAGUUGGGGGCCCAGGCGGCCCGCCGCCUGCUGGCAGCGGCGGUUGGCGGGAUUUCAUCGAGGUUGGCUCCUUCGUGGACUACUUCCUGGUCACGGAGCUAUCCAAGAACCCGGAUGGCUACCGGGGCUCCGUCUACAUGAGCAAGAAUGCCGGCUCGCCCAUUGUAUUUGGACCGCCUUGNGACUACAACGAGGCUUUCGGAGUGUGUUGCGGCUACCCCAUCGAGGGCUUCAACAACAACGGCGUCAGCAGCGGCAGCAGCGGCGGCAGCGCCAUCAGUCCGGAGGGCUGGAGGUUCAACAUAUGCGACCAGCAGGAGAGGUGCCGGGCGGAUCCGGUGGACGGCACGUCCCAGUACUUCCGUUCGGUCUGGCGGGAUUCCUCGCACCGCAUGUCCACGGGUCAGCGGUGGCAACAGCUGCGGGGAGGAGCUCUGAGUGAUGCCAUACUGGGCAGCAUGGUGGACGUGCAGACCAACCUCAUCCGGGAUGCAGCCCUCCGGGACUACAAUCGGUGGUCUUCCAUCCGCAGCUCGCCCUUCUUCCGCUCCCAUCAGGAGCAGUGGAGCUACGAGGUGGCGCAGCUGCGGAGCUGGCUGCUGGCCAGGGCGAGAUGGAUGGACGUGGCGCUGGCGGAUGCGGCGAGAGGCGGCUGGGGGGCCGGCGGCUCGGUGGCAGCGGCGGCAGUGCCUGCACAGUCUGCCGGGUACAGCUACAAUAAUGGCGGUGGUGGCGGCGGCGGUGGUGGUGGUGGUAUGCCGUCGGCACAGGUAGCAACACAGCAGCCGACGCGAGGACGUUUUAUGAGCUUCCUGUUUGGCGGGCGCCGCUAA